AUGUCCCUUCUGCGUGAAGCUGAGAAAUGCAUCGCUAACCAGAAGGCUCACGUUGCCCUCAAUGCCUUCAUUACCCCUCUGCGAAGCUCCGGGCCGUGGCUGGAACAGGUAAAAGAUGCGAACCGUCGCAGAAAGCAAGGCAAGCCCCGAUCGAGUUUGGACGGCCGCCUGAUCUCCAUUAAAGAUAAUAUCUGCACGCGCGAUCUCCCCACGACAUGCGCUUCCGGAAUCUUGAAUAAGUUCACCAGCCCGUUCAACGCCACGGUCGUCGAGCAAUUGGAGGAUGCUGGGGCCGUGGUCGCUGGGAAAACCAAUCUGGAUGAAUUCGGCAUGGGGUCGCACUCGGUACAUUCGCGGUUUGGGCCUGUCACGAAUUCCCGUCAGGACCACGACGGAGGAGCUCUGUCUGCCGGUGGCAGUUCCGGAGGAAGUGCUGUGGCUGUCGCUACCGAUCAAUGUUAUGCAGCAUUGGGUACAGACACUGGCGGUUCAAUACGGCUUCCAGCUGCAUACACGGGCACUGUCGGUUUCAAGCCAUCCUACGGAUUGAUCUCGCGAUGGGGUGUGGUUGCUUAUGCCAACUCGUUGGACACAGUUGGGAUAAUGGGGAGAGAUACCUCCAGGGUCCAUCAUGUAUUUGAUAUCAUGAACAAGCAUGACCCUCGGGAUCCGACUAAUAUAUCCCUAGCAUCCCGUAACCGGAUUCGUUCACUCCUAGAAUCAUCGAAUCUCGCAUCCCGCAUGACUUCCGGCCUUAGGAUCGGUGUCCCUCUCGAAUACAACAUCUCCGAACUCUCCCCAUCUGUUCGAAACGCAUGGUCCCGUACCUUGUCACUUCUACGGCAACAAGGGCAUACAAUCCAACCAGUCUCCCUACCAUCGACACAGCAGGCCCUGUCGGCUUACUAUGUGCUCGCACCCGCCGAAGCAUCAUCCAACCUAGCCAAGUACGACGGCGUGAGAUAUGGAACCCGCACCGAAGGCCCCGACAGUGACGGGAAACCGGAAAAUGCGCUAUACGCUAGCACCAGGGGCGAAGGUUUCGGAUCGGAAGUAAAGAGACGGAUCCUACUAGGCGCAUUCAGCUUAAGCGCAGACGCUAUAGACAACUACUUUAUCCAAGCACAGCGCGUCCGGCGUCUCGUGCAGCAAGACUUCAACGCCAUUUUCAGCACAGAACACCCGUUCAACUCUUAUCGCGACUUGCUUGCAGAGCCGGCAUCUAAACCAGCCGAUGUUGACGUCCUUGUUUGUCCUACCGCUCCCUCCUCACCUCCCCAGCUGUCCAAGCUUUUGGAUGGGGAUACUGUGAGUUCUCCGCUGAACGCGUAUACGAACGAUGUUUUUACUGUUCCUGCCAGCUUGGCUGGACUUCCUGCCAUCUCUGUUCCGGUCUCAGCUCAAGACUCGGCGGAGGGAGACCUGGCAGGUAUUCAAGUUGUCGGACAAUACGGCAAUGAUGAGCUUGUCUUGAAUGUGGGCGAGCUGAUCGAGAAGACGAAAUAA